AUGACUGGCACCGCUGCACAAGAUGACGCAGACGCAGCAUUGCUGGGAGCCGCCUCGGGUCUUUCUCGUAGUACAUCUGUCCACGCGACCUCACCAGCGCUUCUUCGCGCGGCGAUCAGUUCCGUGUCUCUACGUGAGGCUGGCGCCGGUCCGGACUCCUCUUCGGCGUCUCACUCGCGACAGGAUGGAGAGAAGUGGCGGGGCAAUGUGGUGGUGUCACAUCCACCUAGGUGAGCCGGACGACGUGCGCGCACUCACCUUGCCCACAGGCAACCUUCCAGUGAGACUGAUCGGCAUGAGCAUUCCUUCGCUGCCUCCAGCCCCACGUCCGCGCUCGCCAACUUCGAGUCGUUCACGGAUGAUGCCGAAGCAUUGACUUCUUCGUAUCGCCCGUUCGACUCGAUCACGCCUCUCAACCCGGACUCUCUGAGACGAAUCCCACUGUCUACACCUCCACGCACGCCACCACCUUCGGGCCUAGCCGACUUGCAAGGCAACCCCAGCGAUCGCCUGAGCACGUCCUGCCCAUCGGAAGUGAAUGUCGAGUCGGCUUACCCUCUGAUUCUAGUGACCGGUACGUGUCACCUCUGCUGCGCCCUUCACGUGCCUCGGUAGUGCAACCCGCUUCCAUCGGCGUCCGCUCACUCUCCUCGUUCCCACUCCUUCUGCUCACCCGGUUGGCGCGAAUCCGGUCACCCCGAUCUUCUGAACGAACCGACAGGGGGCUGCGGCUUCAUCGGCUCCCACACUGUGCUCGAGAUUUUGCAGGAAGGCAAAUAGUAAGCCACCACCUGGCACUGAAGACAGGAUCGUCUGAACCACGCGCGGGUGCUCAACAGCCCGGCUCGAGGCCGAUCUCUAUCUCUGCAAGACUGACGUGAUUGGUGGCCAACGGUCUACAGCGGAGUGGUCGUGUUGGACAACCUCGCCAACUCGAGUACCGAGGUUCUGCAAAGGGUGCGCAUACUCGCCGCCAAGUACCACGCCGACCGCUCGCUAGCCGUGGAACGGCAUCCCCCUCUCUACUAUCAUCCAUGUGAUAUCCAAGACCGCCACGCGCUGUCCGAAGUGUUCCAGCUUUAUGCCAAAACAUCCACCACGUCCCGUAUCGUAUCCGCCAUCCACUUCGCAGCCCUCAAGUCGGUCUCAGGAAGUUUGAGCGGACCGAUCAUCUACUACCAGGUCAACGUCGGCGGCACCCUCAACCUCGUCCAGGCAUUGGCCGACUGGAACGCCAAGCGCCUGGUGUUCAGUUCGAGUUGCGUUGUCUAUGGGUCCAAUUGUGACGGCGAAGGCAUCACAGAGGAUCAAUGCGAUGUGGUCGCUGGGUCAAGCAAGGGCAUCACAAAUCCCUGUGAGUGCACCCCCGAGACCUGGCGGAUUCUGACCGGCAUGCUGAACUUGUGCGCUCGUGACUUCGAUCGUAGAUGGCCGGACCAAGCGUAUGUGCGAAGAAAUACUUGCAGAUCUGUAAGUCCCCUGUGAUGUGAUGCUUCGGUUGCCAGUCUUGAUCUUGGGGUGGCAACCUGAUUAAACAGUCUGGCCACUUGCAUCGCUCAGCUGUGCCUCUGAUUCAGAUUGGGUCACCAUGGCACUGCGAUACACCAACCCUAGCGGAGCACACCCAUCUGGAUACAUUGGAGAGGUAGAUUCGUUCCCUUCUCUUUUUUGUCACGUCUUAACUGCUGACCCGGGUCUACUUUGAGCCAUCUCAGGACCCGACCAAUGCUGCAAAUCUAAUGCCGAUCGUGACGCAAGUUCUGCAAGGCAAGCGUAGCCACGUCAUGGUACGUCUACCCUACAGCUCACUUAGCCGGUCUACCCUGGGUUGAGGCUCCGGAUACACCCAUCAGAUUUAUGGCGCAGACUAUGACACGCCUGAUGGAACUGGCGUCAGGGAUUUCAUCCACGUCGUCGAUCUUGCAAAAGCCCAUCUAGCGGCGCUCAGGGCCGUGGUCGAGGGUCAACCGACCGCACGUCAUUCUACGUACAAGUAAGCAUGUUGCGACUGAAGCUCAGUGUGUCGAGCGUCAGGUAUGAGCCCGCUCUGAUCGGUCUGCUAAUCUGAACCCAACAGUUUGGGUACCAACAAAGGCACCUCUGUUCUAAGAGUAAUCGAAAUGCUCUCGCUGAUCGCGCAGCGAUCCAUCGAGAUUGUGGUGAGCCCUCGAAGACCCGGCGAUUUAGGAUGCGUGGUGUGCUCGGCAGAAAAGGCCGAGCGUGAAUUAGGCUGGAAAGCAGAACAUGACAUCAUCGCCAUGUGUCGCGACCUCGUGAAUUGGCAAUUCGUGAGUCCCCGAGCCAACGGUUUGCAACUCGCGGUCAUACUGACAAGCCAUAUGCGUCUACCUUACCUCGUCAGCACAAUCCCAACGGCUACGCCUCACCGACGAAAACUCAGCUGCAAAGCUUUGUUGCGCGGUCAUCUUGA